CUUGAUUUUCUGCAUACUGUCAUUCAUUUGUAGCUCGAUGACAACCAUCUUGGUAUGUGACGACCAGAAGGCAAAGUAUAACCAAGGCAAUUGCGCGAAGCCAAACGAACAGAAACGGGCGCAGUUCAGCUUGUGGUUUGCAUAUGCUGUUGACGUCGCUACCGAUCUUGCAGUGAUGUUCCUGCCGCUUCGAUUGACAUGGAGUCUUCAGCUGCCCAAAACUCAGAAGCUUGGCAUCUUCGUGCUCUUUGGUAGUGGUUGGAUAUGUAUUCUCUUCGCCACUCUUCGUGUGGUCGAGUUCGGAGUCAAAAACGGAGUGCCAUCAACUCCAGACCCGAAAUGGCUGCAAAUGUGGACUGUCAUAGAGAUUUCGAUGACUGUCAUCAUCAGCUGCACUUCAGCAUUUGCCGGUAUAAUCCGCCGUCGAUUCGGCACCCCCGAUGUUUCCUACAACUCUCGUGGGUAUGUCAAACGGUCGACAGACAACACCAAGAUUAAGAGCUUGGAGAGUGGUUAUACCAGCCAGUCAAAGCGCAAAGAUCAAGUGUUGUGGACCGACGGCCAUGGCAGUGAGGAGGCAUUGGCAGAUCUCGGAGGACUGAUCACAGUCACCACAACCAAAAUUCAGCACGAUGAGCCGAGUGCGAGACCUAGCACUACAUCGAGUGCACAAUUGCCAAAAGAGAUCUAAAGGAUGUAGAGGCGAUACCGUAAGCGCUCCCCAACAAUUGUCAUAUCAAAAUAAAGCUAUGAUCGUGGUCCCUUCCGUGGCGCGGCUGUUGAC